AUUUAUUUGAGGAAGUGCUAAACACAAAUGAGCGAGGAAACAUCUGACCUUGUAGAAGAACUCAGGACUAAAAUAUCAAAUCUCGAAAGUGAAGUAGCUACUCUUUCUGGAGAGAAUGAUAGGCUAAACUCUAUUAUAAAGAGUAAAGAAGACGCCAUUCAAGAGAUGGAUUCCACUCAGAAAUAGCCUGAAAGACCAGAUAAAGGCAGCGGGACCGGAGAUUUCUGAAAAUACUGACUACAAAGCCCAGCUUGAAUCCAAGGACCAAGAGAUAGCACUUCUCACGAAGAAAUUAGCCUCUCUCCAGACUGUUGAAGAUGAAAAGAAGUCUUUAGAGAACCAGAUCAAAGCGUUAGAGGCUGAUCAUGAAAUUGAGGUAAAAAGUCUGCAAUUAAAACUUUCUCAAUUUGAAAAUAAAAGCCAAAAUGAAGAAUUUAAUUCCGAUGAAAACCAACUAGUCCAAGUCAACCUUAAUAUUAUUGCUGAUGAAGAUGCAGAGAAGGACCAGCUUAACAGAGACAAGGCAAACCCCAAUGAGCUAAUCCAGGAAAAAGUAGAGAAGAAGAUGAAAGAUCAAAUGGAUGCCAUGAAAGAAGAACUUUAUGGCCUUAAGGAACAACAUGAGCAACAUACCUCUCACAUUACUGAUGAGCUUGAUAACUUAAGGCUUGAAAUCAAGGAAAAAAUGGACCUGAUUGAUGUCCUUGAGACCAACAACCAAGACCUUGAAAUGAGAGCUGAAAGAGCGGAAGAAGAAGCUAGAAAUUUAAUGCAUGAGCUUGAACAAACCCAAGACCAACAGAUCGAGCAACAAGAUAAAUUCGAUGGAGAUAAAGAGGAGCAAAUCGCUCAAAUGCAUGAAGACAUGCAGAGGCUACUUGAGUUUAAAAACGAACUUGAAGCCUUAAUAGAAGAACAAAACGGGGAUAUUGAGGGGAAAAAUGAAAAAAUAAACAAACUCACUAAUGAGCUUAAACACUUUAAGGGUGAGUUUGAGAAAGGAGAUUCUUAUGUAAAGAAUUUAGAAAAACAACUCAAGGAAUAUAAGUCAAAAUGCUCCGUUGCCACCGCCAAAUUUAAUAGGCUAAAGCAAGGCAAAAUUACUGAACUUCAGAAGAAGAAUAGAGAUCUGAAAAGUGAGGUCACUGUUCUGAAAGAUAUGGUGAAAAGUAGCAAAAAUGAAGUUAGAUCAAAAGACAUCAGCAUCAAGAAAUUCAGGAAGAGACUAACAAGUUUAGAAAAGAUAUCUCAAAUCAGGUCUAAAGUUUCAGAGAUUGCUAGUAUGAACUCUGGGCGUUCCAAUAGGGGAAGAAGCAGAGAAAGAGAUGAAGAUCAUUAUCCUUAUGAAGAAGAGUAUGAUUAUGAAAAUCAUCAUCAAAACCAUCAAGCCAUUGAAGAAGCUGCUGAGAGUUUAGAAGCUACUGGAAAUCAACAGCCAUACUAUGAAUCUCCACAGAAGCCAGUACUUUACUCUAAGACACCAAAUAUAAAAAUAUCAAAGAACAUUAAUAACUCUAAGAUUACGAGUCUGAAGAAGUAUAGUCCUGAUAGGAUCCAUCCUGGACGCUCGAUGCCUAGAAUGAAUAGUAAUCCAUUCAGCUCAAAAGUUACCAAAGGAUAUGAUUACUACAAGGAUUCCUUGAGUAAGCCAGAUUUCAAGAACAACAGCUACGGGAUGAAAGGUGUCUUCUCCCAAGCAUCUGGAGACUUUGAGCUCCCAGCUAUCAAAGAGUCCCAAGGAGCUAUCAUUUUGGACAGAAAGAGGUUGGAUGUCCUCAAAAGAGACAUUUAAGAUACUAAGAGUUCCAGCAAUCUUUUAGAUGCUUUUAUAAACUCCUCAAGAGGAAUAGGGUAUCAGUAAUACUUACCAGCAGAACUAUAAGAUUUGCUAAGGCACUAAUAAAAUUUUAUAUCUAAGUGUUUAAAC